UAUGAGAAGAGUUUAAUCAGCUGCCCCAAAUUUAGGUAAAGAUAACUUAUUAUAUUCUUUAGAAUUUUCAAUGGAAGAUAUGUUUAAAAUAGCUACAAAAUAAACAUCUGCUUUUGGUAUAGAAGGAUAUGAAGUUCCAAAAAAAUAUGCCGAUCCACUUAAAUAAAUGGAGGAAAGAAAAUUUUCAGCAUAAAAAAAAGGUAUUUACUGCAAAUUUCAUUACAAGGUUAAAAAAAUUUAGGUUAUGUGACUAAAAGAGGACAUUAUUUAGAAGAUCAAAAGAAAAUUUAUGAAAAACUGCCUGCACCCAAUAAGUAUGAUAUCGUUAAGCCUUGGGUGAUUUAGGCUUAAAGCACACGAUCAAGGUCAGCUCCACCUAAAAGGUAGUUUUAUCUGGUAAUAAUUAGAACAACUUUCAUUGACUAAAUAUUUAAGGAAGCAAAAUUAAGAGGUGUUCCAGGUUCUGGAAAAUAUAAUAUAGAAAAACCAUUAGAUGAAGUAUUGAAAUAAGUAGAAGAAUAAAAAAAGAAAAAAAUUGAGUAUUCUCAAUCUAUAAUCAUUAUUAGAGCCUCUGAUAGACCAACUUACUUAAAUGAAAUAUAACAUUUAGCAGUAAUUAAUCCAGGUCCUGGUAAUUAUAAUCCAAGAGUAUUAUCUCUAUUUUAUAUAAGCCAAUAUCCAAAAAAUUGAAGAAAAAUGAAACCAAACCUUCUGAUUUUAUAACUAAACAUUAAGAGUAGGCCAAAAAAAGAGGAAAAUCAGCAUUACCUGAUGUAGGCUCUUAUAAUCCUGAACCUCUUUCAUUUACAACAUUUAAUAAAUUAUAAGUAAAUACCAAAAAAAAAGAAAGAGUAGAUAAACAUGUAUUUCCUUAAUUAUUCAUUUAGACUUUUGGAACUGAUGAGAGAUUUAAAGAUCCAAAAAAGAGUAAAUCAAAAUAAUCUUUAUUACCUGGACCUGGACAAUACCCUUUAAUUGUUUAAUGGUAAGGUAAAGAACAAGACAAAUCAAAAGCAAAGAUAAAAAAUUAUAUGUAAUCCACUACUAAGGGAAUACAAAGAUCAAUAUAUUAUUGA